CGCUCUCUUUGCAUUAACAAACACAGUUUGUCGAGAUCACUAAGCAAGAAAAAUAUUCAGUUAUUAUAUUGUGAUUUGUAAGAAAUGGAGAGCUUGAGUUUCCCAGUCAUCAACAUGGAGAAACUAAAUGGUGGGGAGAGAGCAGCCACCAUGGAGAAGAUUCAAGAUGCCUGUGAGAACUGGGGCUUCUUUGAGCUGGUGAACCAUGGGAUACCCAUUGAGGAACUGGACACUUUGGAGAGGAAGACAAAAGAGCACUACAAAAAAUGUAUGGAACAAAGGUUCAAGGAACUUGUGGCAAGCCAAGCUUUGGAAGGUGUCCAAACUGAGAUCAAGGAUAUGGACUGGGAGAGCACCUUCUUUGUGCGCCAUCUCCCUGAGUCAAACAUAAAUGAAAUCUCAGAUCUCGAUGAUGAAUACAGGAGGGUGAUGAAGGAAUUUGCAUCAAAAUUGGAGAAACUAGCAGAGGAGCUCCUGGACUUGUUGUGUGAGAACCUUGGACUAGAGAAAGGUUACCUGAAGAAGACCUUCUAUGGCUCAAAGGGACCAACUUUUGGAACCAAGGUUAGCAACUACCCACCAUGUCCCAAACCUGAUUUGAUCAAGGGACUCCGUGCCCACACCGACGCCGGCGGCGUCAUCUUACUCUUCCAGGAUGAUAAGGUCAGCGGCCUCCAGCUUCUAAAAGAUGGCCAGUGGAUUGAUGUGCCCCCAAUGCGCCACUCCAUUGUGGUUAACCUUGGUGACCAAAUUGAGGUCAUCUCCAAUGGCAAAUACAAGAGUGUGGAGCACCGAGUAGUUACUCAAACAGAUGGCAAUGGCCGCAUGUCAAUAGCUUCAUUCUACAACCCUGGCAGCGAUGCAGUCAUCUAUCCUGCUCCAGCAGUGUUGGAAAAAGAAGCAGAGGAGAAGAAACAAGUGUACCCAAAAUUUGUUUUUGAAGACUACAUGAAGCUAUAUGCCGGCUUGAAGUUCCAGGCCAAAGAACCAAGAUUUGAAGCCAUGAAAGCUGUUGAAACCGCUGUUUAAAUAAGAAAGCUGUUGGGUCCAAUUGCCACUGCUUAAAAAAGAAAUAGUAAUUUACUGCUUAUAGUUUGUGUUGGAGUGGUUUGAAGUUUGCUUACUACAGUAUCAAUUUUAUUAUUAUUAAUUUGUGGACAGCAACAGAUGUAACUAUUCUGUAAUAGUAAUAUUUUUCUAAUACCAAUAAAACUUAUCCCAGUACUGCUUCGUGUUC